AUGAAUCCAGCGAUUUUCGGUUACCUACUCCUGCUCAGUGCCUGCACUUGCACUAAACUGCCCCCCACUUUCAAAAAGUGCAACAGAAGCCAAAAAGACCUCAACGAGUGCUUGUCCAAAGCCGUGAAAGACGCAAUCCAACAACUGACUCGGCCUUUUCGAGAAGUGGGUUUGCCGUCUCUGGAACCGUUGGAGAUUCCACAACUGACCAUUGCGGCCGGAACGGGGGCCCUCGGAUUGGCACAAAAUUUCAAAAAUAUGAAAGUGUACGGAUUCAGCAAACCGGAAGCUACCAAAUUCGAGCUUGAUUUAGACAAAAAAGUGGCGCUACUGCAUUGCACUUUUGCCGAAGUCAAAAUUGUGGCCGAGUAUGACGUUAAUGGGAAAAUUUUGGUGCUGCCGGUGUAUGGUAAAGGGACCAGCACGAUACUUAUGGAGAAUGUUACAGCUUUGCAGACUUAUAUUAUGGAAGAAUACGAAAAGAAGGGUCAGAAAUAUCUAAAAGUGGUUGAGGGUAAUUUGGUUUUUACGCCAGGUUUGGUCAGAUUUAAAUUGGAAAAUUUGUUCGACGGCAAUAAAAGGUUAGGUGAUAACAUCAACACGGUUAUGAAUGAAAACUGGCAAGAAGUUUACAACGACGUAAAGAGCAGUUAUGCGGAAGCCUUCAGUCAAGUUCUGGAGAUUGUAUUUAAUAAUUUAUUGGCAAAAAUUCCUUUCGACGAACUAUUGUAA